AUCUUAAUAAAAAAAUUCAUUACAGUAGGUAUUGGUGAAGUGCAAGGUUGUCGGUGUGAAAUAUUUUUAUCCGCACAAAAUGUCCUCGUGUAAAUUGACUUAUUUUAAUUCUCAAGCUUUGGGGGAGGCAAUUCGAUUGCUGUUGCACUACGGCAAAAUAGAAUUUGAAGACAUUCGUGUCGACUACGAAAAGGAUUGGCCUUCAUACCCGAAGGACACGCUACCUUUGCGUCUGCUUCCAAUACUAGAAAUCGAUGGAAUACAACUUCAUCAAUCAAUUGCCAUUUGUCGUUAUCUCGCAAAAAUUGUCGGAUUAGCCGGUACCACUCGAUUGGAAGAUUAUGAAAUUGAUAAUGUAGUAGACACUGUGAAUGACUUUCGGGCAAGACUCGCUGGAGCAUUCUACGAGCAGAAUACAGUGGCAAAGGAAGAAACAUUGAAAAUCAUCCAAAAUGAAACGAUUCCGCUAUUUCUCGGUAAGCUCGAAGCAACUGCUCAGCAAAAUAAUGGUCAUUUGGCUUUGAAAAGGCUAACAUGGGCCGACCUGUACCUUACCGGCAUGAGUCGAUAUUUGAUCAGAUUGGUUGGGUCUGACUUCACGGCAAAUUAUCAAAAUUUGAGAAAAGUUAUCGAAAAUACUGAAUCAACACCGGGAAUUAAGGAAUGGGUUGCAAUACGUCCGGAUAAUCCAUAUUAAAAGUGUUGUAAUGGAAUUAUGAUUGCAUGCUUAUUGAAUAAAGUACAUAGAUGUUUGAUGGAAGAAAAUUUA